UAUUCAAAUAAGAAUGCUUGCGCCUAAAACCCUAGCCCGGUCUUGCCGUUUAGUUCCAAAACCCUGUUCUCUCACGUCUUGCUCUGCCCUCCAAUGGCGACUCUCUCCUUCAAGAAGAACUACCGUUGUGUUCCGUUCCUUCAACAGUUCUACGAAGGCGGGGCUUUUGUAGUAUCAUCCGACGCUUCUUUCAUCGCCUGUGCUUGUGGCGACUCGAUAAAGAUCGUCGAUUCAGACACUGCGGCCAUUCGGUCGACUGUGGAAGGUGGUGAGUCUGAGGUGUUCACCGCGCUGGCAUUGAGUCCAAAUGAUAAAUUGCUGUUCUCUGCUGGUCACAGCAGGCAGAUUCGAGUCUGGGACCUCUCGACUAUGAAGUGUGUUCGGUCUUGGAAGGGGCAUGAUGGUCCUGUCAUGGGUAUGGCUUGUCACUUAUCUGGGGGAUUGUUAGCAACGGCAGGAGCUGACAGGAAAGUCCUUGUUUGGGAUGUUGAUGGUGGCUUCUGUACUCAUUACUUCACUGGUCACAAAGGGGUUGUUUCUAGCAUUCUAUUUCAUCCUGAUCCUAGCAAACAAUUGCUUUUCUCUGGAAGUGAGGAUGGGAAUGUCCGAGUUUGGGAUCUUAUGUCUAAGAAGUGCAUCGCUACACUUGGUCACGAAUCAACCGUGACUUCAUUUGCUAUAUCUGAAGAUGGUUGGACCUUACUAAGUGCAGGAAGAGAUAAGGUUGUGAAUGUUUGGAACCUGCAUAAUUAUACCUGCAAGAAGACUGUACUAACAUACGAAGUCCUUGAAGCUGUUCUUGUAAUUCAUUCUAGUUCAGAUUUUGCUUCAUGUGUUGGUUCUUUCAGUAAAAAAAGAGAGGAAACUAGCGUGUCUCCAGCAAUUUACUUUAUCACAGUUGGAGAACGUGGGGUUGUUCGUUUAUGGAGUUCCGACAGUGCAGUUUGCUUGUUUGAGCAAAAGUCCUCUGACGUUUCUAACAAGAUGGAUGAAGGGAAUAGGGGCUUCACUGCUGCUGUUUUGUUGCCUUCAAAUCGAGGAUUGCUUUGUGUGACUGCUGAUCAGCAGUUUAUUUUCUAUUCUCCAGUGAAAACUUCGAAAGACGAAAUGAGUUUGAUCACAAGCAAAAGGCUGAUAGGUUAUAAUGAAGAGAUUGUAGAUUUGAAGUUCUUAGGUGAUGAUGAACAAUUCAUUGCAGUUGCUACCAAUGUUGAACAUAUCAGAGUUUAUGAUGUUGCUUCCAAGUCAUGCUCAUACAUAUUGGCUGGUCAUACAGAUAUAGUUCUUUGUCUUGACUCGUGUGUAUCAAGCUCUGGAAGCACACUUAUUGUAACUGGAAGUAAAGAUAACAAUGUUAGGUUGUGGGAAGCAGAAAGCAAAACAUGCAUAGGUGUUGGUGUAGGUCACAUGGGAGCAGUUGGAGCGGUUGCAUUUUCAAAAAAGCGACGGGACUUCUUUGUUAGUGGCAGUAGUGAUCGUACUCUUAAGGUGUGGAGUUUUGAUGGUCUUUCUGAGGAUGCAAAGCCUAAUAAUUUGAAAGCUAAAGCCAUUGUAGCUGCCCACGACAAGGAUAUCAAUUCCAUAGCAGUUGCACCAAAUGACAGUUUAGUUUGUAGUGGUUCUCAGGACCGAACGGCUUGUGUUUGGAGGCUUCCUGAUCUAGUAUCUGUGGUUGUGCUUAGAGGACAUAAAAGGGGGAUUUGGUCUGUAGAGUUUUCACCAGUUGAUCAAUGUGUAGUCACUGCUUCUGGUGACAAAACUAUUAAGAUUUGGGCAAUAUCAGAUGGUUCCUGCUUGAAAACAUUUGAAAGUCAUAUGUCAAGCGUGUUGAGGGCUUCUUUUCUUACUCGUGGUACCCAACUUGUAUCUUGCGGUGCUGAUGGAUCAGUCAUGCUAUGGACAGUAAAAACAGAGGAGCGGAUUGCUGUCUAUGAUCAGCAUGAAGACAAGGUUUGGGCAUUAGCUGUGGGAAAGAAGACAGAAAUGCUUGCUACAGGUGGAAGCGAUGCUGCUGUCAAUCUCUGGUAUGAUUCUACGGCACUUGAUAAAGAGGAAGCUUUGCGCAAAGAGGAAGAAGGUGUUUUGAAAGGUCAGGAACUGGAAAAUGCUGUUUCUGAUGCUGACUACACCAAAGCGAUUCAAAUUGCCUUUGAACUCCGUAGGCCACAUAGGCUAUAUGUAUUAUUUUCUGAACUUUGCAGCAAGAACGACUCUGAUAAUCAUGUUGGAAAGUCUCUCGGUGCUCUUGGAAAGGAAGAGUUUCGUCUAUUGUUUGAAUAUCUUAGAGAAUGGAAUACGAAGCCUAAACUUUGCCACGUUGCACAAUUUGUGCUUUUCAGAGCUUUCAGCGUCCUUCCUCCAACAGAGAUCACUGAGAUCAAAGGUAUUGGGGAACUACUUGAAGGUCUAAUCCCAUAUUCCCAGAGGCAUUUUAGCAGGAUAGACAGACUUGUAAGAAGCUCAUUUUUGUUGGACUACACACUGACUGGAAUGUCAGUGAUUCAACCAGAGAAUGAUGCCAAUGACAAACCCCCAGCUGACAUCAUUAUGAAGACUGGAACAGCAGAUAUAAAGCUUUCGAAUGAACAUACCGAUGAGCAGAAUCAGACUCAUAAUGAGCCAGAAGAUAAGGCUCCCUCUAAGAAACGUAAAUCCAAAUCGAAAAGUAGCUCGAAAAAGAAAGCUAAGAGUGUGGCCUACACUGAAGUUGCAGCUUCGUAAAACAAGUAAGAUGUGUAACUCACAGCCAUUAAUUGCCUCAAGUAAGAGGUAUUUGCUCGGUUUCUCCAUGGCAUUAUUUUGCCCACUCUAUCAGUGGUGCCAAGAAGUACUGAGAAGCUGAACCUGUAUCAAAGAAAUGACUAAUUAGCAAACGACUUCGUCCCAUUUUCCCAAGUCUUUGCCCGGGUGGCCCUACAACAUCGGCCUCAAUUUUGGUAACAAUAUUUUACUCAUUAAUCUAGUUGUAACAUUAUGAAUAAUCGUCACAAGAAUUAGUAUGGUUGAAACUUGAGUGAGUUAUUGUUCAUACAUCUUUUAUAGUGUGAAAUGUCAUGUUCUAAUUCAGAAAAUUGUUGCAUCUAGAAUUUUAGCUUGCGGAUCUCGUUCCUCGAAUUUUGUAAAUUUGAGUGUGCUUUGUCCAGCUGUUUUGCAUAUUAUCCUA